ACGUACACAUAUUUACACGGUGUAUCUAAAGUGUUCCAUAAUGCAAAUUAAGUGUUUUAUACUUCUAAAGAAUUCGCAAGUGAUAAUAAAAAAAAACGAAUACAAAAAUACACAACAUAAAUUCACUACUUAUCUUGAUUCAAAUAUUUUACUUUGAGCUAACUAGAUUAUAAUACGUAAAGAAAUACAGAGACGCAAAACAAAAAAAAAAAAGAAAAUAAUAGAAAAGAAAAAAAGAUAUAAUAUAAAAUUCUUACGUCGCGGAUUUGUAUAAUUUAUAUAUUUAUAUUUGUUUAAUUCGAUUGUGAUAUGACUACUAAGUAUCGCAAGAAUGCAUUCAGCGGGCGAAAAAAGGGGUCGCUCCAAUAAUAAAUAUACAACAGAGGCGCUCGAAAGUAUCAAACAGGAUCUUACGCGCUUUCAAGUACCAAAACCUGGAUUACAGAAUUCUCUUUCGCGUAUCAAUGGACGUUCCGAUGUCUACGACUAUCAAUAUUCAAAGCCGCCGAUGGAGCCACCAUCGUCGGCAACACCAUCACCUGCAGUACUGUCGGCGGCUCAAAUGAAUGGCCAUGUACCAAAAGUAUUAACAACAUUAAUACCAACAAAAUUAAGUCGAAAGCCGAGCAUAGAACGAGAAAUUCCUUUAACCUGCCUUAGAUGUAGUCCUGCAUUGGAUUCUGGUGCGGGCAGUUCCCGAUCAGACAGCCCGCAUUCACAUCAGCAAGUUACAUGUGUUAGUCGUGCAAGCACUGGUCCAUAUUCACCAUCGCCAUCAAAUUUUAGUGAUGUUGGACCACCUGCGCCACCACCAAGAAAUCCUACUUUAUCUUCAUCUGCGACUCCACCACCACCACCGCCUUCGAAUCAACUAUAUAAACGUCGUUCACCAGCUACAACCCGCCCUGCUGCUAUUACUCCAAAUCCAACAAGGGGCACUUCUCCUGUUAUACCACAAAAUGGCAUUAAAGCCCAACAACAAUUGUCACAACAAAUGAAAGCAUUAAGUUUAUACCAGUCCGGUGGUAGUGCUGUAGAACCGCCACCACCUUAUCCUAUAAAUACUAUAAAUACCGUCGUAGUAACUACUUCUGCACCGCCACCAAGCUAUACAGCCUCUAUGCAAUCGCGUCAAUCACCGACGCAAUCGCAAUCAGAUUAUCGCAAAUCCCCCAGCAGCGGAAUAUAUUCUGCUACUUCAGCUGGUUCCCCUAGCCCAAUAACCGUAACAAACAGUGCAAUCCUACCAUUGCAGGCAACAGCAGUUGCUCGACCACAGCCCCGCGCCUAUCAAACGAGACAGCAGCCAAUUAUAAUGCAGAGCGUUAAAUCAACGCAGGUACAAAAGCCUGUGCUUCAGACAGCUGUAGCACCACAAUCUCCGGUAACUACUUCGGCUUGUAAUUCCCCUGUACACAUCCUAAACGCACCACCUUCGUAUCCACAGAAAUCAGUUGCUGUUGUACAGCAGCAAGUGCAAGCACAACAACAAUCUCCUCUGUUGGCUGGUGGAAUGCCAACUACACUCAUUACUUCUAAGCCAGUUCCGCCUACUCCUACUACGCCGCCACUUAAUGGUGCAGUGGUGAAUAAACCGCCUUGUAUCGAACCACCGUCAUAUGCGAAGAGUAUGCAAGCAAAAGCAGCGCAGCAUCACCAACAUCAACAGCAACAACAACAACAGCAGGCUGUUGUUGCCGCAGCUGUUGCAGCGCAGCAAGCACAACUGCGUGCUGCUGCUGCAGCUCUAGCUGCGCAACAAAAGCAAGCAAUUGCAGCGCCACCAGUAAGUAGCCGACAAUUACCGCCACCACCACCGUACCAGAGUACACGUGCGGCAGCACCACCACCACUAAUAAAUUCAGAUAAUAACAAUAUGGAUAUGGAUAUAAAAAGCAAUGGCGGUUUGCAUAAUAACAAUCCAAAUAUAAAUUAUAAUUUAAUUAACAAUAAUCAUAUAAUGAAUAGUAACCUGACAACAACGCCGCCGAUACCACCCGCUAAACACAACGGUGGAAGCGGUGGUACAACAAGUUCGGGCAGUGGAGGAGGCUCUCCGGCAAAUUCGGCAUCAGUUGCUGGUGCGGGUGGUAAAGGCUCUGAAAAUUGUAAAAAAAUCAAACAUGCCUCACCAAUACCGGAACGCAAAAAAGUUUCUAAAGAGAAGGAAGAAGAGCGUAAGGAGUGUCGAAUACGACAAUAUUCUCCACAAGCUUUUAAAUUCUAUAUGGAACAACAUAUCGAAAAUGUACUCAAAUCCUAUAAACAGCGCACGUUCCGUAAGAAUCAAUUGGAAAAAGAGAUGAUAAAAAUUGGACUCUCAACGCAAACCCAAGUCGAAAUGCGCAAAAUGCUUAACCAAAAGGAGAGUAAUUACAUACGCCUGAAGCGUGCCAAAAUGGAUAAGAGUAUGUUUGUAAAAAUUAAACAUAUAGGCGUGGGUGCAUUUGGAGAAGUAUCUCUGGUGAAAAAAAUUGAUACAACAAAUCAUUUAUAUGCCAUGAAGACGCUGCGAAAGGCCGACGUUUUAAAGCGGAAUCAGGUAGCGCAUGUGAAAGCAGAACGUGAUAUUUUAGCAGAAGCCGAUAAUAACUGGGUUGUUAAGCUGUACUACAGUUUUCAGGAUAAUGAAAAUCUAUAUUUUGUGAUGGAUUAUAUACCAGGUGGAGAUCUUAUGUCAUUAUUAAUUAAAAAGGGUAUCUUUGAAGAACCAUUGGCUCGAUUUUAUAUAGCAGAAUUAACUUGCGCAGUAGAAAGUGUGCAUAAAAUGGGUUUCAUUCAUAGGGAUAUAAAACCUGAUAAUAUACUCAUCGAUAGAGACGGUCACAUAAAACUAACUGAUUUUGGAUUGUGUACUGUCGUUAUUGUUGUUGCUGUUAUGUUUAUUGUGGAAUGCCCUACCCCUGACAGCCUUGACGAUCAUCAACAAACACAACAAAACACACGAAAAAACACAACGUAG